AUGGUCAUUUGCAAGGACAUCACUGGGACCUCUAAAGGAUUUGUGGUGCUCAUCCCCAAGUUUCAGAGGCCCUUUGAGGGCCCAUACUUCAUGUGGACUGAGGUGGACCCUGGAGGAAGAUGGAGUUACGUGGAGGACCACCCCUCCUCACCUCCUGGAAGAGAGGAAAGCAAAUUGCUAAAUUCUUUUGGAUCUGCCUCAGUCUUGACACACAGCAGUUCGGGAAAUAGCCUAAAGUGCCCAGACACCACAGAAUCACUGAAUUCUUCCACGUCCAAUGGGACAAGUGAUGCUGACCUUUUUGAUUCACAUGACAACAGAGACGAUGAUGGGGAGGCAGGGUCAGUGGAGGAGCACAAGAGUGUUAUCAUGCACCUCUUGUCACAGGUUAGGCUUGGAAUGGAUCUUACUAAGGUAGUUCUUCCAACAUUUAUUCUUGAAAGACGAUCUCUUUUAGAAAUGUAUGCAGACUUUUUUGCACAUCCGGACCUGUUUGUGAGCAUUAGUGACCAGAAAGAUCCCAGGGAUCGAAUGGUUCAGGUUGUGAAAUGGUACCUCUCAGUGUUUCAUGCAGGAAGGAAAGGAUCAGUUGCCAAAAAGCCAUACAGCCCCAUUUUGGAUGAAAUCUUUCAGUGUCACUGGACAUUACCAAAUGACACUGAAGAGAACACAGAGCUAGUUUCAAAAGGACCAGUUCCCUGGGUUUCCAAAAACAGUGUAACAUUCGCAACUGAGCAGGUUUCCCAUCAUCCACCCAUUUCAGCCUUUUAUGCUGAAUGUUUUAACAAGAAAAUCCGAUUCAAUGCUCAUAUCUGGACUAAAUCAAAAUUCCUUGGGAUGUCAAUUGGGGUGCACAACAUAGGACAAGGCUGUGUCUCGUGUCUAGACUAUGAUGAGCAUUACAUUCUCACGUUCCCUAAUGGUUAUGGAAGGUCUAUCCUCACAGUGCCCUGGGUGGAAUUAGGAGGAGAGUGCAAUAUUAAUUGCUCCAAAACGGGUUAUAGUGCAAAUAUUGUCUUCCACACUAAACCUUUCUAUGGAGGCAAGAACAGAAUCACUGCUGAGAUUUUUUCUCCGAAUAAUAAGAAGUCUUUUUGCUCAAUUGAAGGGGAAUGGAAUGGUGUAAUGUAUGCAAAAUAUGCAACAGGAAAUACGGUCUUUGUAGAUACCAAGAAGUUGCCUAUAAUCAAGAAGAAAGUGAGGAAGUUGGAAGAUCAAAAUGAGUAUGAGUCCCGCUGCCUUUGGAAAGAUGUCACUUUCAAUUUAAAAAUCAGAGACAUUGAUGCAGCAACUGAAGAGAAGAACAGACUUGAAGAAAGACAAAGAGCAGAAGCCCAAGAAAGGAAAGAGAAGGAAAUUCAGUGGGAGACAAGGUUAUUCCAUGAAGAUGGAGAAUGCUGGGUUUAUGAUGAACCAUUAUUGAAACGUCUUGGUGCUGUGAAGCAUUAGGUUGGGAAACACAAAAGUUUACACCUGAUGACCAGGGCAAGUUGUCCUAAUUAAGCAACAAUCUUCCUUUGGGAGAACCUAUCACUCCCUCCUUAUUGCAGUGGUUCCUAUCUCAGGGAUACUGGACUUUCUGAUGCAGAUGAACAAUUAAAGCCGGAAAAGCUUCCCUUUCUCUAUGGCAGUUAAGAUUUUGACUUCAGCCCUGAGAAUAUGUUAGGUUUUGAAACAAGAUGUCUGCUCCUUUUCCAGACCCCAUGCUUUGAAAAGUUUCACACUCUGCACUCUUGUUCUGCUGUUAAGACAUGACAUGCAAACUCCUACUUACUUACUUCCUGGUUCAUAUAAUCUCUUGGGUUCUAUAUAUACAAAUAUAUACACAUAAAAAUAUACCUGAUGGCAGAUUUUUCAUAAAUAUUCCAUCUAUUGUAAAUAUUGGUUCCUCAGAGUUGUUUUAGAAAAUUAGUGCAAUGUAUUAAAAUCAAGUGUU